AUGACUGAGCUCUCAGCCACCAGGUCGCCCAGCCCUUUGGGGGUGCUCAGGGGUGGGCACAGCCCGGCCGCGGCCCCAGCACACACAGGGCGGGCGCAGGGGCGGGGUGUGCCAGCCCCGCAGUGUGUUCGGAGCCCAGAGGCUCUGAGUCGCCGCCACCAGCCUGGCCGCCUUCUGCUCCACGUAAGUGAAGUCAGCCGUCUAGGGCUGCGUUUCCAGCCAUCUGUCCCUCCACAGAGGCUCACACCUCCCUCCCCGCUGUUCCCACAGCCUGGCUCCGGGCCUGCCCAACACAGAUGGACGCUUCCCAAAGGCUGUGCGCGCCAUCGCUGCCACCGGGCUGUGCCGAGGCCCGCGGCCGUCAGGACCCCAGAGACGGCGCGCCAGGCAGGGUCCAGACCCCCCAGCGCGGAUCACCCUGAGCCCGCCGGGCAGCGCCGGGGACCCGGGCGGGAGAGGGAGGGGCUGGAGGGAGCUCUGGACCCUCCUCCCCAGCCCGGCCGCCGGCACCUCGGCCUCUCCCAGGGCCGCCCUCGGCCUCCCCACUCCCGAGUCCCCGUCACGCGGGCCGCGGGGCCUUUGUUAGGAAAACCGGGCGGCCCCAGGGGAGCCCGCGGGACUUCCAGCGCCCGGGCGCGUCGUUUCCCCCUGAAGUUUCACCGCAGCCCCCGCAGGUCAGGCUCCGCUCACAGGGGGCUGCGCUCAGCCCGGAUGGGUGGGCGCUGGGCGGGCUGGCUCCACCCUGCCGUGGGCACCAACUUUGAAAACGGCCCGUGCGCUCCGCGCGGCUGCGGCGCAGAUCCGGGAACGGCAGCCGCGGGCGGAGUCGGGGGAGAGCGGCGGCGGCGCGCGGGGCGGACGCGGCACUUACGGUCGGGGGUCCGGGGGGAGAUUGCACCACUGCACUCCAGCCUGCUUCCCUUCCUCAUGCCUGACCCCCUCUCCUCCUCUCCCGUCUCUCUUCCCGUCUCUUUUUCUGGAUCUGUCUGCGCUUGUUCUGCAUUCCCCUAUUCUCCAGGGCAGGAACUACAUUGGUCUGUUCACUCCUCGCCUGGACCGGCACCGGCACAGAGGGAGCAGUGUUGGCACCUGUCUUCCGGGUCUCCAUCCUUCCCUUUGUUGAGUUACUGUUUGUUCUCAUUUCCUCAUCACACAAUUCUUCAAGAGGUAUCAUUAUCUGCAUCUUAUUUUAUUUUCACCUUCUUUUCUGUUACCUCUAUGUUUGAAUUUUCCUAUAAGUAUUUUUGUUUUAUCUUUGCUUUUUUGAAUAAAAAAAUCAGUUUUAAAAUUGCACCUGCAGUACAAAAUCAGUGUGGCUGCUGGGUUUGCUGCCAUUCCCUCCCCUUGGGUCUGUGGCUUCUCAGCCCCAGCUCGGGUCACAGACCUGCUGCCAUGGCCCCAGGGUAGGCACAGGGCUCAGAGCUCAGAGGACAGUCACGCAGGCAGCCGCGGCCCCAGCGAUUGGUCCAGGAGGAGGGCAGGUGACCACACGUGGCCAGUCACAAUCCUUCCCUGGGAGUUUUUGAACUGGAACAGGAGAGGAAGAACUUCUUUGGUCUGCGUGGGAGGCAAGCCCAGAGUGGCCUGGACGGCUGCUGGGAAGAGAGGGUGGGCAGAGCGGCCGAGGGCGUGCUAAUGGUUGGGUCUGUGGGGCCUGAAGCCGGUGCCCCUGCCCUUCCUGUAGUUGGGUGCUUGAGCCAGCACAGUCCCAGGUCUCCCUGAUGCCUUCGAGCUGGGUUUCUGUCACUUGCGGCUGCAGUGUUCUGGCACAGACCCUUGGCCCAGGGCCCCUGUGCAGAGGUGGGUUUGGGUCUCCCCAGCCCCAGCAGCCCCAGGAGGCUAUGAGAUCUAAGCCGGAAGCUGCUCUGGGCACCUGAGUGCUGAGAGCCUGAGUGAUGGGAACAGGCCUGCUGCUGUGCAAAGGCAGAGCCACUCAUUUUUAUCAGCCAGAGACCUGGCUAGGCCCCAGGGUGGACGGUCUCCAAACCGCACGCAUCCCGGGCACUGACAAAGCCGUCUAUCAUCACUGGAGCGAGGGCACCCAGGGAGGCUCUGCCAGGCCACGGCGUAAGGGAGCUGCCUCCCUCCAAUCCUUUUCUCACGGGGCACCGAGACGGCUUUCAGCAAGACAAAUCCGGCUCUGCCACUCCCUGCCCGAGAUAGAGUCUCAGCUCCCGCACAUGGGAUGCUGCUGCUCACCCCCACCGCCUCUCUGAGCUCCAGCCUCACAGGCACACACAGCCCGUCUGCCUGGAACCUUCUGCCCACAGACUCCUCUCAGCCUCAGGUCCCUGCUGAGUGGCCAUUCCUGCUGGGAGGCAGGAAUUCCCUGAUCUGCCCUUCCUGAGUCUGGGACAGACGCUUCCCGUCCCCCCAGGAUAGCCCCAUCACAAUUGUUGACAGGUCUCUGUGUUCUUCUUGAACAAGUAUUCGGCGGACCCCCUGGAGCGACAGCCCAAGGCUUCCUGUCCCCACCCCCGGCACCCUGGGGACAGAAUGUCCAGGACACCCACACAGGGCCUGUGUCGAGUGGUGUCAUCAGGUUUGCUGCUGAAUGAGCAGAUGAUCUAAUGAGUGACCAUCCUCACCCACAAGAAAAAUCGCAACCUGGUCACCAUCUGCCCAAUAGAUCGGCCCCCAGUCUCGCUGUCCCCAGCAAUGACAGAGGAGGAGGAACAAUGAGCGCCGUGCCUGGGCGGAGCCAUCACCUCUGUCCCUCAGCUGGGCUUGUCGCACUCAGCCAGACCUGCUCCCGGUGGAAAGGCCGAGUGACUCUUAUUUCUGCCUUUGCAUCCCUUUCUCACAGGCCCUGCGGGGCUGACAGCCAGUGGUGAGUGGUGAGGGUUGAUGGAAGAGGGAAGGAAGGAGUGAGUGUGGGGAGAGCCGGCCAGGCUCCCCACGUCCACCCAGACGGUGAGCUGGCCCUGUCCUGGAAACGCUGUGGCCAGAGGCUGGCAGAGUCCUCAAAAUGGUCCCCACAGCUCCCAGCGAAGCCAUCAAAAAGGUCCCCACAGCUCCCGCCCACUCUCGGGACCCUGAGUCUGGGAGAUUAGGGUCAAGCAGCGGGUAUCAGGGAUCUGGGAGGAUCGGAAUGUACGGGGCGUGGGGGCUUCCGGCUCGGGAUAGCGCCAGCAGGGGUGGCCAGGACGAUGGCGAGGUGAGGUGUCUGCUCCCAGGCUGUGUGUGGCUUGGAUGCCAAAGCGCCUUUUGCUGUAUUCGGCACCCUGAGACCCUUAUGUCUGUCUUUUGAAGGCACAGUUUACUCCCGGGAAAAUACACAUUUGGGUUUAUUUUGCUGUGACUGCAUCCCCUGAAUCUUAAUCAUAUGUUUUCUGGGUUUCCCUUAAGGGAGAUGGCUCCACUUAAGAUGACUUUGGGGCUGCCAUGGGCCUUGUCACCUGUGUUGUGAGGGACAGAGAUGUCCACAGAGCAUGUGGGCUCUGCUCCUGCCCUGGGCAAUUGAGGGUAGGCGGCCUCUAACAACUGACACCAUGUCAGGACAAUGGCCACCAAGCCAGAGGCCCUUUCAUCUGGAGUCCUGGUGCUUCCGGACUCAGGAGUGAAUGUACCAUGGCCAUGCCUGGGUGUGGUCAUGGCCCCUCUACAGCUGCCAGUCAGAGAACUGCCUAGGAGCUCCCAUUCCUCCUCUGAAGACUUCAAAUCCCACCACUGACCAAGAUAGCCCCCUGGCCACAGUGGGCGCCCCCAGCCACCACGAUGGUACCCCAGCUACUAUGGAAGGUCCCCUGACCACAAAGGCACCCUGUCCACCAUGAUAGGCCGGCCACCCAUCUACUCUGACAGCCCCCUGCCCCGACAGCCCUGCCCAAGGCUCCUGACCUCAGCCAAGGAUCCUGGCCCCACCCAGUGCUCCUGACCCCGCCCAGGGCUCCCAACCCCCAGGCCUACUGAGUUCCUGCUCCCUGAGGCUUUGGGAAAGAGACCCUGGAGUUAGCUGUCUGCCAGGAGAGCCCUGGAGGGCGGCCGCCUGGCCCCAGCCCCAGCCCCA